AUAUAAAAGAAGUUGAUUCUCAUUUCUUCUUCUUCAUCAUGUGGUUUCAUUUAUUUCCUUCUCCUACUACUCUGGAAAGGUAGAGAAGAUCUGAAUCUCUUCUUUAACCUUCAUCCCCGAUUCGUUUUCCGGCAAUUUCUCUCUCUAGAUUUCUUUAUAUUCCACACUCUCUCUCUAAAUUUCUUUUUUACCAAUUUGUAAAAAAUGGGAGUUGACAUGGAAGAUAAAGGAGAUGGAGGAAUCCGAAGGAGAGGAUCGUGUUCGUGCACGAAGUCAGAUUUCUUGCCAGAAGAGUCAUUUCAAAGCGUCGGGAACUACAUGAAGGCGCUUAGCGAAACUCCGGGGAGGUUCAAGGACCGGCUGCUGGCGCGGUCCCUGGACUCGACGGAGAUCAAUGAGAUUAAGGGGAGAAGUGAGCAUGAAAUGAAGAAGAAUUUGAAUUGGUGGGACUUGAUUUGGUUUGGCAUUGGUGCUGUGAUUGGUGCGGGUAUUUUUGUGCUGACAGGUCUCGAGGCUCAAUCUGCUGCUGGUCCUGCUGUGGUGCUGUCUUAUGUGGUUUCGGGCAUUUCUGCCAUGCUUUCUGUUUUUUGUUACACCGAGUUCGCUGUUGAAAUCCCUGUUGCUGGUGGUUCAUUUGCAUACUUAAGAGUAGAGCUAGGCGACUUCAUGGCGUUCAUUGCAGCCGGCAACAUCCUCCUUGAGUAUGUCAUCGGUGGCGCUGCGGUGGCUCGUGCAUGGACAUCGUAUUUCGCCACCCUCUUAAACCAUAAACCCGAUGACUUCCGCAUCAUAGCCCACAGCAUUCCCGACGACUACAAUCACCUCGAUCCGAUCGCCGUCGCUGUCAUCGCCAUCAUCUGUGUCCUCGCUGUUCUCAGUACAAAGGCCUCGUCUCGCUUCAAUUACGUCGCCUCCAUUGUCCACAUUGUCGUUAUUCUCUUCAUCAUCAUCGCCGGACUCAUGAACGCCGAUACCAAAAACUACCGAGACUUCGCUCCGUUCGGCGCUCGUGGUGUUUUCAACGCUUCCGCAGUUCUUUUCUUUGCUUAUGUAGGAUUUGAUGCUGUUUCAACAAUGGCCGAAGAAACCAAGAAUCCUGCUCGAGAUAUUCCGAUCGGUCUCGUCGGUUCGAUGGCGGUUACCACCCUGUUAUACUGUUUAAUGGCGGUUACACUCUGUUUGAUGGUUCCGUACCAGCAGAUCGAUCCUGACGCUCCAUUCUCCGUCGCGUUUCAGACCGUCGGGUGGGACUGGGCUAAGUACAUUGUCUCAUUAGGUGCUUUGAAAGGGAUGACAACAGUUCUGUUAGUGUCUGCGGUCGGACAGGCUCGAUAUCUCACUCAUAUUGCUCGUACACAUAUGAUGCCGCCGUGGCUAGCUCAGGUUAACGCUAAAACAGGAACACCGGUGAACGCCACGGUGGUCAUGAUGGCCGCGACCGCUGUGAUUGCUUUCUUUACGAAGCUUGAGAUAUUAUCCAAUCUUUUAUCAAUAUCAACUUUGUUUAUUUUCAUGUUAGUUGCAUUAUCUUUACUCGUUCGACGAUACUACGUCGCGGGCGAAACGACAUCAGCGAAUCAUAUCAAGCUCGUCGUUUGCUUGACUGUUAUCCUCGGUUCUUCCAUUGCUACGGCCGCGCUGUGGGGUGCGGGCGGAGAUGGGUGGAUCGGGUAUGUAAUUACGAUACCAAUAUGGUUCUUGGCUACAUUGGGAUUAUUUUUUGUUCCCCAAGCUCGUGCACCAAAACUAUGGGGCGUUCCGUUGGUUCCGUGGCUGCCAUCUGCUUCGAUUUUGAUAAAUAUAUUUCUUCUGGGAUCGAUCGAUAAAGAUUCUUUCAUAAGAUUUGGAAUUUGGAGUGCUGCUUUGUUAGUGUAUUAUUUCUUGUUUGGAUUGCAUGCAUCGUAUGAUACUGCUAGGGAAUCUGAAAAGAGUAGGGGUGAAGAAGGGUUGAAGAUAGAAGAAGGUUCAUUGUAAAUCUAUUUUUCAACUCUAAAUAUAUGUAGCAGAAUUAUUAUUGAGUUUAUGAAUUUGUUAAUUAGGUGCUUAA